UCAAUAUUGCAGUGUAAACACAUUUUCCUCUGAAUAGAGUAGUUAUAACAAUAGGCAGAGUAAACUCCUCCAAAUGGUAGUGUCAAAAGUGAGAGUAAAAAAGUGAGUGUCAACAUUUCAGUGUAAAUCUAUUUUUCUCUUGAUAGAGAGGUUAUAACAAAAGGCAGAGUAACUCCUCAGACAAAAUAACUCUGCAGGGUGAUGAUUCCCCGCGAAAAUUCUAGAACCGGAGCUGGAGCUGGCAUGGCAUGUUGGAAGUAGUUUCUCUCCCUGCGUGAAAAUGCUGUUGCGUGUCUCAUUUGGUGGAGUGCAGAAGUACAUAAAGAUGCUUGAACUGACGUUUGAUGAUUUCUUGAGAGAAGUGAGUUUGAAGUUCAACAUCCCCGAAGACAGAUGGUUGGACCUCAAAGUUUAUGACCAGUCUAACACAGAGGUAGACGCCGAAGUUUUUGAGGAGCUCGUAAAAGAGUUCCAUGGACCUUUCCUAGUUUCAUUGGCCAAUGAAGCACCUGGUAACCCUCAGUUCACAUCAUCUCCAGGGUCUACUGCAUCUGACGACACAGUGAUCCUCAACUUCUCCCUGCUUGAGCCAGCUGAGGAACCCCUUGAGCCAGCUGAGGAACCCCUUGAGCCAGCUGAGGAACCCGUUGCAGCCCAAGGCAGUCAACCUAAAAGGCCUUGCCGCAUCAACUAUGAAGCAAAAACUCUGAUUGAAAAAAUCCUGACUACAAAGCCUGGAGGUGACCGUAUCAUCGAGGAGUAUGCAAAAACAAAAUCAAUCACAGAUUCAACCAGAAGACGGCUCAUCAACAUACUUGCUGCAGAAAUGACGGAAACACAUGGGACCUCGCCGCCGCGGAGUGUGAAAGUGAUGUAUGCACAGGGGAUUAUCGCUCUGUUUCCAUAUCUUGAAGACCCAUACUCACAGAAUGGCUAUUUGGUGGGCCAGGCCAUGGACGUACUACACCCUUUACUGCCGAAGUCCUGACUGAUGAGGAAGUGGAAUCCGCUAUCGCUGUGUUGAGACAUUCUGCUGAUGAGGAAACCAUCCGUGAAAAAAUGAAAACCACCUUCAGUUACCGCCAAGCAAUGGUCAAUGACCAUGACAAAUCUGCAGAGGUCUUCUCAGUUUUUCCACGGUUCCUGGACACACCAGGACUGGUAGAGCAGGAUUUCAGACUGAUGUUUGGCGAGCAGACUGCCAAUAAAUUCCUGGAGAGAUGGCCUACCACUUUCAGGGCAAGAGUCAUUAAGGAAAGCCAUGGACUGGUCCCCUCCACAGACCUUCUUGAUUUGAUGCACAAUGCUGAGACAUCCACUGAAGUUGAAAAUGGCUGGGACAGUGAUACGUCUGCCAUCAUACUGCUGCUACAUCUGCUACCGCCAUCCGCACAGGGACGCAAGAAGCCAGGGAAGAUAUCAGCAUCUAAUGCAGUGGAUCACCUCAUCAAAUUCCAAAAGGUACACUAGAAUUAUAUUUGACAAUGAAUCAAGUCCUCCCACCACCCCUCCACUCCAACAACACUUCAUACCCCAUACAUGAAGCCUUUCCUUAGACCAGACUAGACCACCACCG